CACUCCUGUCUCUGGGGGUGAAGGAAGCCCUUGGAGGACUUCUGCACCAAAAGCAUGGCACAGGGAUGGCAGCUCCUGCUAGGGCUGUGGAUAGCCAUGCCCACCUGGGCUGGGGACAAGCUGCUCAAUGUCUGCAUGAACGCCAGGCACCACAAGAGAGAACCUGGCCCAGAAGAUAAGCUCUUUGUGCAGUGUAUCCCUUGGAAGGACAAUGCUUGCUGCACAGCCACCACAAGUUGGCAAGCCCACCUCACAGAGUCACAGCUCCACAACUUCAGCUUGAUUCACUGUGGAUUGCUGACCCCAAGCUGUCAGAAUCACUUCAUCCAGGCCACCUGCUUCUACGAGUGUUCCCCUAACCUGGGACCUUGGAUCCAGCCGGUGGGCUCCAAGGGUCGAGAGGAACGAGUUUUGGGUGUGCCACUCUGCCGGGAGGACUGUGAGCAGUGGUGGGCUGACUGCAGCAGUUCUUACACUUGCAAAUCCAACUGGCACGGAGGCUGGGACUGGAGUCAAGGGAAAAGCCGCUGCCCAGCAGGGGCCCUUUGCCAUCCUUUCCCAGCUUACUUCCCCACCCCGGCCGACCUAUGUGAGAAGAUCUGGAGCAACUCCUUCAAGGCAAGCCCUGAGCACAGGAAUAGUGGGCGUUGUCUCCAGAAGUGGUUUGAGCCUGACCAGGGCAACCCCAAUGUAGCUGUGGCCCGCCGUUUUGCCAGCCCUGCCCCAGCCUGGGCGUGCUCCUAUACCCUCAUGACCUUCUGUCUGUUCCUGUGGUUCUUCUCCUGAUGGCCCCUUCUUCUCCCACUUGCCUAUCUUGCUCCUGCCAGCUAUGGGCCAGGCCAUGACCACCACCUUGCUAGUAGCAGGGAGGAUUGAGGCCAUACUGGUUAGUGCCUGCAGCCCCCACCUCUCCCUGGGAAGGAGCUGGGGACCAGAACU